AUGCUACUUCAUAGAAUAUCUGCUUGCGCUGCUUUGAUUGCAGCUUUUACCAUCUCUUCCUCAGCGGCCACUGUCAUCAAAAGAGCUACGCCGUUAGAUUUAUGCACAGCCAACAAUGAAAGAGCUCUACGCAUCAAAGGAUCGUUUCAGUUUGCGUAUAAUGGUUAUAAACAAUACGCUUUCGGUCAUGAUGAACUGCUGCCAGUGUCUAGAAGAUUUUCUGAUUCCAGAAACGGCUGGGGAGCUAGCAUUGUUGAUGCUCUCGAUACCAUGCUUAUCAUGGGACUAGAAGAAGACUAUCAACAGGCGCUCCAAUUCGUAAAAAACAUUGAUUUCACCAAAUCCAAAGAUCCCUCUAAGGGAUUUGAAACCAAUAUUCGAUAUCUAGGUGGUCUCCUUGCAGCUAAUGACCUGAGACCUAAUCGUGUACUCGUCGACAAGGCCAUUGAAGUGGCAGAACGUACAUUGCUGCCGUUAUUUGUAGAUAGUGUUACACCUUCAGGCAAAAGAGUCAAGGUACCCUAUACUUUCAUGGAUUUGAAUAGAAAUGCACCUGUAAUCUCAGGAACAAUCAACCUUGCAGAAUUUGGUACCUAUUCUAUGGAGUUUACUCGCUUAUCUCAAGUUACAGGAAAUUCCAAAUACAAGAUAUUAGCAGAUGGCCUGAUAAAUGCUGCCAUUGAGCAGCCAACCCGUAUGCCAGGGCUAUUUCCUACCUCCUGGACCGUUAGACCAUUUGCUCCUGUGAAUGCUAGCACAAUCACAAUUGCAGGAGGAGGCGAUAGCUUCUACGAAUAUCUGAUCAAGAACUACAUUUUGCAAAACAAAGAGAAUGCAAAUCUAUUGCGCAUCUGGCAAAACUCUGUGGAAAGCAUUGAGAACUACAUGCUCUCCCCCACAGUUCAGGAUCCUCGUAUUCAGUAUGUCGCCAUGAUUAGCAACAGCACAGUCUAUUACUCAUCGCAGGAACUGAUCUGCUUCUGGCCGGGCAACAUUCUCUUGGGUAUCACGCAAACCGUUAAUAGUGCGAAACAGCAAAAGUACAAAACAUUUGCAGACACCUUCUUUACAUCUUGCAUUGAAACAUGGGAAAAGACCAAUACAGAUAUAGCACCAGAAACUUGGAGUUGGACCCCGCAAGACAAUAAAUUAGGGACAAGAUUGAACAACCUCUUUGGGAAUACAUUGAAGGUCGAGGUAGCAAGCACAACUAGCAAAAACGAGAGAAAAAGAGCUGUGGAGCGAACAUUCAAGAUUGGAAAUGCCAUCUACGACCUUCGCCCUGAAACAUUGGAAAGUGUGUUCUAUUACUACCGCUUGACUGGCGACAAGAAAUAUCAAGAUCUCGCUUGGAAACUGUACCUUGCUAUUGAGAGUUAUGCAAAGACCAAUGCUGGGUUCACUCGCAUCGACAAUGUAGAUCAAGUUCCAGCUAGAGUACAAGACUUUCAAGAAAGUUUCUUCUUUGCUGAGACCCUAAAAUACUUGUAUCUCAUUUUUGCAGACAAGGGUUGCAUUUCUCUCAAUGAUUAUGUGUUCAAUACUGAAGCACAUCCCUUUAAAUUGCCUCAACCCAUCAAUUACCAGUAA